AUGACGCUAUCGGCACUCACUAGCGAUCUCCUUAUGCGGUUGGAAUUAAUAGACCAGUGCAAAGAGGACUUCGUCACCAUCAUGAACAAGUUGGAAGAAGAAAAAGAAGAAUUAGUGGAUGACGAGAAUCAUAUUCAGGAAAGAGCGUCAUUUUUCAAGCGAUAUUGUGUUGUGAAAGGGUUUCUAUUACAUCAAUCUGUAAAGGAAAUUGUUCCUACGGCGAACUCUACCUUCAAUUCGUCUUCCGGUAGUGCAAGCUUCGGUGGUCCCAUGCAGUUGCGUCUGCCAAAAAUCGAGCUUCCCUCGUUCAAUGGCGAGGCUACAAAAUGGCUGACGUUCAAGGAUCGCUUCAUCUCCAUGAUCCAUAGUGCAGCUGAAAUCCCGGCGGUAAUGAAGUUGCAAUACCUGUUGGCAUCAUUGGUGGGUGAGGCUGCGACACAUUUCGAACACACGGAGGUCAUCGCUGACAACUACGCGGUUACGUGGGAUGCCCUACUUAAGCGGUACGACGAUAAGAAGGCUCUAGUACGCGAAUACUAUCGAGCGCUGCAUUUCUUGCCGCGGAUGGAAACGCACCACGUGGAUGAUCUGGCGCGCUUAGUCGAUGACUUCACACGGCAUGUUAAGGGUUUGCGGAAAUUGGGUGAGCCUAUCGAUCAUUGGGAUACUCCUUUAACCAAUCUCCUUUUUUUGAAGAUGGACAAAUUAUCAAUCGUCGCUUGGGAAGAACUCGGGUCCGAGCGAGACGGAUACGGAGAAUUGGUGAAAUUUUUAGAGGAACGCGUUCGAAUGCUUAAAUCAUCCAAGUUGCUGGAACAACCGGCAACUGACAACGUCGUCAAGGUGGCCGGCACGAAGGUGGCCGGCACUAAGUCCUCCGAUGGUAUCGCAACCGAUCCCUUAGAUUGUAUCCGGAAAAGAUUUUGGGAAUUGGAAACUAUCAAUGAUGGCAUCAACCCUACUGUGGAGGAUGCAAUGGAGCAUCAUUAUACGAAUACUACCACUCGUGAUUCUUCCGGUCGAUACAUCGUGGCUCUUCCUUGGACUAACGAUCAAUCAAUCGUCUUAGGAGAAUCGAAGCCCAUAGCAGAUCGUCGGCUGUACGGAAUGGAAAGGCGGUGGGAACACAAUCCCACUUUGAAGACGGCUUACCUCAGUUUUAUGGAAGAGUAUCUGCAACUUGGUCAUAUGCGAAAACUGGAGGAGCCGAUAGAUGACAACGUUUCGCAUUGUUAUAUUCCGCAUCAUGCGGUCUUCAAAGAAUCAAGUACGUCGACAAAAAUUCGAGUCGUCUUUGACGCGUCAUGCAAGACGAGCUCCGGUUUCGCGUUAAACGAUGCACUUAUGGUGGGACCUGUUAUUCAAGACGACCUCUUCAGCAUUUUAUUGCGAUUCAGAAGCCGAAGAAUAGCCUUUACUGGAGAUAUAGAGAAAAUGUAUAGGCAAAUACUGCAUGAUAACAACGACAAAAGGUUUUUGCGGAUUCGCUUUAGAAAGAAUCGCAAUGAGCCGAUCGCAACGUAUGAGCUGCAAACGGUUACCUACGGAACGGCUUCUGCGCCUUACCUGGCCACCAGAACGUUACAGCAAACCGCUAAGGAUAUGGGCGACAGAUUUCCAUCAGCAGUAGAUCCAGUGCUGAACGACUUUUACGUUGAUGAUCUCUUGAGUGGUGCAGAUGACGUCACAUUAGCCAAAGCAAAGGUUGUACAAAUAUAUCAAAUGCUGGACUCAGCUGGUAUGAAGAUAAGAAAAUGGGCAAGCAACAGCUUAGAUGUUCUAAGUGACAUACCGAUUUGUGAUAAAGCCAUUCAAGACACACAUGAGUUACAAGACAGUUCGGUUUCCACGUUAGGCCUAAUUUGGGACACAGGUUCAGACACACUACGAUUCAAGGUCCAAAUACCCGAUCCUGAACCUAAUUUGACAAAACGGAUGAUACUAUCGUACAUAGCGAGAACCUUCGAUCCACUUGGACUUCUAGGUCCAACCAUCCUAGUUGCAAAGCUAUUUAUGCAACGAUUGUGGGCGUUAAACCACAAUGGCAAUGAAUGCAAGUGGGAUACUGUUUUACCGCCACUACUUCAAGAGGAAUGGAGAGAGUUUCAUUCCGAUCUUCACCUACUAAACAACAUACAAGUCCCUCGUUUCAUAGCGCAACCACACAGUAACAUACAGCUACACAUGUUUGCAGAUGCAUCGAAGUCAGCAUGGGUCAUUACUCACCCAGUUGCGCAUGUUGAGGCCGGCUUGAGAGUGUAUGAAUUUCACUUGUCUUACUCGGUCGAUAGCUUCUUCUCGCGUAUCGCAGCUGUCGAAAUAGUCGUCUACGUAGGUCGAACGUUUAAUCGCGGCUGCAGCGAUCGGAUAUGUCUUCGCAUGUUCGUCGGCAUUACGUUUGCAUGA